AUGGAAUUGGGCGCGGCCAGCCAUUUUGAGACCAAUAAGUUGACCCUGCUCCACCAAGAUCAAGUCAAUGGGAUGGAGAUUAAGACCAAUGGCGGGAAUUGGAUUAGUGCAAAUCCUUCCUCAACCGCUUCCUCUUUCAUAGUCAUGUCCGGAGAUUCUUUCCCGUUGCAGUUAGACGCAUAUAUAUAUGACUACUUCGUGAAAAGGAAUCUGCAUGAAACAGCAAGGGCAUUUCAGGCCGAAAGCAGAGUUCCAACUGAUCCUGUUGCUUUCGAUGUUCCUGGAGGGCUUUUGAUGGAAUGGUGGUCUUUCUUUUGGGAUGUAUAUGUUGCCAGAGCUAAUGAGAGAGACCGUGAGUUAGCUGCAUCUCCCGUUCAGGGUCUUGAUCAACAAACUACUCUUCCUAUUGUUGGUCCUCCACUGCAAUACAAUUCUCCUGUGCCUUCUGUUGGGGACAUCGAUGCACUGUUAAUGGGCCUUCGUCAACAAACUACUCUUCCUAUUGUUGGUCCUCCACUGCAAUACAAUUCUCCUGUGCCUUCUGUUGGGGACAUGGAUGCACUGUUCAUGCAACAGCUGCUGAAUAGCAAUCGGCAGCAGGAACUAUGCCCGCAGAACUCACCUAUAAGGCAGGAAUCUAUGAACCAAAAUGAUCUCAUGCAGCAAGAACAGCUUGUUACCAGUGGAUAUAUGACUGCUGAUAUGAGCUAUUUUAAUGCCAUGGUGGGUAGUGAUCAGGCUGCAGAACAUGAAAUUGGACCAAAAAGAGAGCAGCCUUUGCCAGUUGUGAGUCCUACCAUUAACUUGGAUACUCCGGGACCAUCUUCCAGUUCUGUGUCAAAUCUACCUGCUCACCUUCUUCGGCGUGCAACUCCUGUCCCCUCAAUGUCUUCGCCGGCAUUUUCUGCUGAUGCUACAGAUCCACUAAAGUUGCCAACCACGGACUUGGCUGAUAGGGAUCGUUUUCUGGACGAUGGAUCUUCGAAGGACAACACAGGGUCACCCUUAUCCCGUCAGGAUGUGAUUACCAGUAGUGGAGUGAUAUUGGAUGAUCAUGGAAAGGGCAGCGAAGGUUUCUCUGUCAAGGAGAUCUACCUUCUUCCGCCAGGCCAAAGCAAAGUUGAAUGCUGUGAUUUCUCUUCCGGUGGAAAGUUCUUGGUAACUGGUGGACAGGAUAACAAGGCAACUCUUUGGUCAACUAGAUCAUUUUCAAUGAUGUCCAUACUGGGAGAACACUCUAUGUGUGUUACCGAUGUCCGGUUCAGCCCAGGCAUUCCUAGGCUCGGUACUUGCUCUGCUGACAAGACAGUCAGGAUCUGGAACAUUAAUCAUCCGCGCUGUUCACUUCAUACUUUCACAGGUCAUUUAAGCCCUGUUAUGUCACUUGACUUUCACCCCCAUAAAGGUGAUCUUAUCUGCUCCUCUGAUCGGGAUAACGAGAUACGGUUCUGGAGCAUUAACAGUGGCUGUUGCUCCAGUGUUCUUAAGGGUGGUGCAAAUCAUAUGAGGUUUCAGCCCCGGGACGGUAGGUUUUUAGCAGCUGCUGCAGAAGAUUUUGUAUCCUUACUCGACGUGGAGACUAAAGUCUGCAGACAAAAGUUACAGGGUCAUCAGAGUGAAAUACAUAAACUGUGCUGGGAUUCUACGGGUGAACUUCUGGCAUCUGUGAGCGAUGACUUGGUCCAGGUUUGGGCGGUCGGUUCCGAUGUCAAAGGGCAGUUAGUUCACGAGUGGCAUAGCAGUGGGAAGAAGUUCCGCUCCUGUGUUUUCCAUCCCAGACAGCCUUCGGUACUUAUGAUCGGCUCUUAUCAGAAUCUAGAGCUCUGGGACACGAAAGAGGACCAGAAGACGUCACUCCUUGCACACGAGGACUUGAUAUCAUGCUUGGCAGCAUCAAAUGUCGAUGGCAUCAUAGCUUCAGCGAGCUACGACGAGUGCGUCAAGAUCUGGAAUUAGCCUAUGCGAUUCUUCCGA